UUUUAUUAGAUUUUUGUUAAAUAUUUGAAAUGAGCAAAUUAAUUCAUUUCUUUUUAAGCAUUUGAAUAUUACUUCAAAUGAAGUUAUACAGGAUGAAAUUACCUGCAAAAAUGACUGUUUUGGGUUUUCUUUCCUUACAGAGUUGCGAAGUGAGAGAAACCAUUUCGGAGUCCCGUUCAUUUCAGACGUUCGCUGGCUUCUCACCUGACCUCACACCUGACCAAUCACUGCCUGAAGUGGGCGUGAUUGUUGGUUUCGGACAGUUACAAACAUUUGUGACGCAGCUCUUAUGUUAUCUUCGCUGUACUGGUCUAUUUAUGUUUAAAUGUGACAAAUGUCGGGCCAAUUUAAGUUGAUAAAAUAGUUUUUUUUGUGUGGAUUUUUUAAAAGUUUUAGUAUUAAUUGAAGGGAACAGAUUUCACUCUUACAUUUACAGAAACGUGUUCAGGUAACAGUGUGCCAGUCAGUAGCUAACAGGGAAACUGAAGGAGCUGCGGGAGAAAAAUACACUACUAGCACUGUUAUUACAGGCAUUAUCACUAAUAAUCACAAUCGGCUGCACUGCAUGACAUACAUCCAUUGUGGUUUUGUCUCUUUAAAUCCUUUCAGUCAAUGAAAGCAGAAUGAAUUGUCAAAGGUUUAUAAUGAAAGCUUCUCUGCAAACUGGCAGAUGGUUUAACGACACUAAUGACCUGCUCUCAGUGCUGCACAGCAUGCAGAAACACAUUGACACUACACACCAUGUUGUCAUGCUGCUGCCUGUGUUUCCUCCUUCUCCAGCUCGGCCCUUUCCUUUGACCUCAUGUCCUCCUGCUUCCUCCCAUUCUUUUACUCUCUUAACGGAAAAUGAAAAGGCAAGUUGCGACAAGACAAUGAGCUUAUUCAGUGUUUUGUAAAUCACAUUAAACAUGAAAAAGCAGAACCAAAGAUAGGGCAGUCCUAAGGUAAAGGUCCGUACCUCAGCUGCAGACUCGAGAGAUCAACAUGGCUGAAACGCACAGAGUGGCAGCGCAGGGCAGGAAGAGAUGGGUUUUUCCACAGAGACGCGCGGCUGAUGAAAACAAAGCGAGUGUUCGCUCUGCAGACAGAGAUGCUGAGAGAAAUCUGGCGCUUCCUUUCAGAGGUCACAUCGCAGGUGGGCUGCGGCCGGGGAAGAAGGUUGUAGUGGUGGGUGUUGUGGACUCCCGUCCUGACAGGUUCUACGUUGCCCUGACAUGCGGGUGUGGAACAUCCAGGGAGCCUCCGCCUGAUGUGGCUCUGGAGCUCGGUGUUCGAUUCAGGGACCGGCAGGUCCUGCGCAGAGCCUGCGUGUCCGGAUCUUGGGGAGACGCUGACAGAGCCGUCCCUUUCUUCCCCUUCAUCAGAGACCAGCCGUUCAAGAUGGACAUUCACUGUGAACAAGGUCGCUUUCGCGUGUUUGUGGACGGGCAGCAGCUGUGUGACUUUCACCACAGAGUGACGUCACUCAGCGACAUCGACACGUUAUGGAUCAAAGGCAGCGUCACCAUCACUAAACUGGCUUGAGGUAAAGGCCUCGGUCGAAGACGCGGAUCUCAGAACUCACCUUGUCUGACCAUCAGAUGUUUAACACGGAGAGAAAUAAGACUCAGUAUUAGUGACGAAUGUGUGUUUAAUGAUCGAGAUUUACAAAUGUGCAUGAUGAUUUGUGAGUAAUUUAUGGGGUUCAAAUCCACAAACAAAUACCAACCAAUGUGAACAAACGUGAAACAAUUUUACAAAUAACAACAUCCCAACGUCAAUAAAUAUCAGUCUUUUACAAAAGCAUGUAUAUGUCGAACUUUAUAGAUCUAACAUUUGUUUUUAAGAAGGCUUCCAGCGCGUAUAAAUGUUUAGAAAUAUUUGCAUUUGUCGCCAAUACUGAGACUCAUUUUGUAUUCUUACAUUUGAGACAUUUAGAAACUUACAAUGACACUGCCAUUGCACAAAGCGAUCAGUCAGCUGUAACACGCUCUGCACAGUUUGGUUCGUCCAUUUGGGUGAUUGAUCCCAGAAUGUCCUGCAUAGCAGUCUGUCAUUGAUAUGUUCAGCGGAUGUUCUGCCCCGCAUUGUUAUUUCUUUAAAAAAACAAAACCUGCUUCACAAAAUAUCUGGAGAACGUUCCAGAAAUAAAGAUUCAUUAUCCAGAAUUGAAAACUUUAUGUUGGGAAACAAACGUGACAAAUGAACAUCAUUUUAAUUUCUUUUUUAGUAUCAGGUCCAGAUUGUCUGAGGGCUUUGGGGGGACGCAGUAGUUGGGACUUGGUCUUCUGUUCCCAGUACUUCUUAAAUCCUGGCUCUGGCCCCAAAAUACGUGAAGCACAGAUUCCUAUUAAACUGUGUGAGAACUAUCAUUUGUGACUGUAGAAACAUUUGUGGUUGACUGGUUUCUCUUACAGCAGAUUUUUUUUGGGACUGAUGUUGGAAAUGUAUCUCAGCUGUAAAUAUGAUCUGUAUGUGUCUCUUGGAAAUAAACUACAUAGAUGGGAUUUACUUUAAAAUAGACGUGAUGCUAAAUGUGUGAUGACUACCUCAAACCACAUAGUGUGAUGUCCAUAAUCCAUAAUGAAAAGUGCAUGCACAAUGAUGUCUGUAGGAGAAAUACACAUCAUCCUGUUUGAACUGAGCUACUUCUUUUUAUAUUCAUUGUGCGCCUUAUGUUUAAUGUCACAUCUUAUCUGGGACCAUCCAACCAAAACUGCUGUAUUUUGAGUGUGUGCACUUUUCAAAAUAAAGUGAUUAAUGACUGUA